AGAUCACAAUAGAAGCAUAACUAACACAUCCACCGUACGAGCUAACGUGUGACUGAGCAUUAUAAGUCAAUGAAUCACAUAUUUGCAUGCGGAAGUUAUGCAUCUUGAAAUAGCAGCAUUUUAUUCAAAACUUCACAAUGGGAAGACUCAAUGAACUGUUAACAACUGACCUCUCCUGGCCCUAGAAUUUCUGUGGAGAAUUAAAUAUCAAUAGUUAAAGAUGAUGUCGAGGGAAAGCGAGGAUGAUGAUCAAAUUGCCGACUUGGAAGUUUCUCAUGCCGAAAUGAGAGCCAUGCUAUGGGGCCGGCAACGAGAGAAGAGUGUUAGUGAUAAUUCAGUGUCGUCCAAAUCAGACGAUCAGGUGACGUCACAUCGAGCUGAGAGAGCUGCAAGUCUCAGUGAAGAAUGGAAGGAAUUAAAGCGACUUCGUAGUGCAGAUGGACAAUCAGAAAAUUUAAACAUGGGGCAACACAAAACACAAAGUAAACUUUCGGUUUGGAAAAACUUUAUCGCCUUAUGUACUGGAUUGAUGUUUGCUUUUAUGUCCUUCUUACCACUUCGAAAUAUUCAAACAAGUAUAUUUCCAGAUUAUUAUUUAGGCACAAUAUCACUUGGUCUGAUUUAUUGUAGUUUUGUGAUUGGUUGUGUUAUCUCCCCUUGGCUUGUCCAAAAUGCGCGCCCAAAAGGAUUGAUAUUAUUUUCCUUGAUCUCUCACGUAUUUUAUGUGACAUCAAACUUGUUUCCAUCAGUAUGGACACUUCUUCCCAUGUCUGUCAUUUUUGGAUUUCUUCAGGCUCCUUUAUGGUCUGUACAAGAACUUUUAAUUGGAAGCUACGGAACAAGUUAUUCUUCCAUUACUGGAAUAAGAAUAGAACGUUCCAUUCAUCAGUUUCAGAGCGUUUUUGUCGUAUUUUGCCAUUCUGCUCAGAUUUUUGGUAAUUUAAUACAGAGUGUUACGUUGAGAUUUGAUGAAAAUUACACCCAUGCCAAAGUCUCUGCUUACGAAGCAGAUAUAUCUACUUGCAAUUCUUCUCUUUGUGGGGAGGAUAUCCAUAAGACAUUCGAUGAGACAUUUGGAGAAAAGAUUCUACGUUAUUUUGUGGAAGAUUUCAACAAACCGGACUACUUGCAAAUUUUGAAGCUUUUGUACUUGUGGUUAGCUUGUUGUUCAGUGAUUCUUAUAGGAUGUUGUUUAAGAAAGCCAGACAUCAUCAUAAAUAAGAGAAAAACACCAUUCUGGGAUAAAAUCUGCGAUGUUCUAAGCUUCUUCAGAACAAAGACAUUUCUUAUGCUUGGAUUGUUGAUGGUAUUCACCGGUAUGCAACAAGCAAUCGUUAUCAGUGACGUCACAAAGAUGUAUGGCACAGACACACUAGGUUUGGGAAUGAUAGGGUACCUCAUGAUGUGUUAUGGCACCUCACAGUUGGCCAUGUUACUGGUUAUCGAAAAGCUACAGAAACGACUCAAGGCUGUAUUUUUUAUUCUUCUAGGAUUCCUGGUCACACAAGGUCUGCUCCUCGUACUGUAUAUAUGGGAGCCCCAUUCUGACUCUGUUUACAGUAUUCUAGGAUUCAUGAGCCUUUGGGGAGCUCUCGACGCCGUUUGGCAGUCUCAAGUCCAAGGUGAGAUCAUGUACAAUUGUUCCCAGGGUGAAUUUCGACCUGUGUGUAUGUGUGUGUGUGUGUGUGUGUGUGUGUGUGUGUGUGUGUGUGUGUGUGUGUGUUUUUCUGUCUUCUUCUCUUCAAUUGUUCUCACGCUCCUCUACAAAGUGUGUUUAAUAGGAUCCACCCUUGUGUUAGGUGUCAUUGGAUAUCUCAUAAUGGAGGUCUCCAAUAAUCCUGUAACUCCUAUAGAAAAUAGACCAUUUAGUGUUUAGUUUUCGAUGUCUUUAUUGUGCAUACAUGUUCAUAUUCUAAAAGUGUAUACGUUCAUUUGUUAUUUUGCGUUCAAAACGAUGUCAAAGGCAAUAUUAGAUGUGUCCACAAGUUUCACACUUUACAACAAAACUAUUUUCACCAAGGGAAUUAUUUUCAGUUAAUUCAUGACCCAUGUUCUAUUCAAAGUCAGCGUUUUCUCUAACAAAAAUCAAUAUAUUAAUGCGUUGCACAAAAAGUGUAUUAAAUUUAUACAUAUGCGCUGUUUACUACUGUAGUAUUAAGUAUUACCGUGUUUAAGCUGUCAGUAAGCUUUUUUUAUGAGAACACUUCAGUUGUCUUUCAUUACAAUCCAAUGCUUCGAUUUUUCUGCGUAUUUGUCAGUUAUUUGUUAUGAGGAAUUUUUCUACCAAAGCAAUUUAUUAAAUUUUCUCUGUACUGCUUUAUAAAAUGUAAUGAUUUUAUUUUGCUAAGAAUCGUACACAGCGAGAUGGUCCAUGAAAAAAUUGAAAUGUUUGUAAAAUGUCCCAAAAAAAGUCAUCUGUAUGACAUGAAUGAUAAAGUUGUACUUUUGUGCGUUAUAUGUCAGCCUAAAUUUAUAUGAAAAUUUUGUUAAAUAAAAGCUGCAACUGUUUGUUAUACUAGGAAGCGAUAUACGAGUAUAUUUAUUUCAAAUGCAUUUUUGGCGUAGUGUAAUAUUAUCAUUAUGUAAAUUUUAAAUGUUCUAGAUGAGAUUUGUGCAAAAGAAAAUGAAUUUUGCAUUUAGGAGUGUCAGUUAUAUCAUCAUUUUAUAUCUGGGUAUUACAGUGUAAUUUUAAACAAUUAUUUUUUAUUUGAACUUGCCCUCUUUUUAUAAUAUUGAAAAAUAUGUCGUUUGAAAUUGAUACAGUCUAUGGUUUUCGGAGCUUUUAUUGAUUUACGAUAUAAUUUUAACUUGCAACGAAUUAAUACACUAUUAGCUUAUUUUAUGCAACUUUAUUUAAUCAAUAAAGACUUUACGUGUCAUUA